AGCUGGUGCUGGGGUUUCGAGCUCACUUGGUGGUGCGGCGUGGAAUUGGGGCUGAAAGCGAGUGGGCCUGAAGGCAGGCCGCAGCGGAGGAAGGCGCUCUUUUCCAGCCACGCGGGCCUUGGGUCGCUCGGCUCCCUAGGGUAGGCGUCUGCCUGCGCGCUGCGAGAUGGACACUCCCCCGCUUUCAGGUUCGGACUCAGAUUCUGAUGACUCUCUUGUUACAGAUAGAGAGUUGCACGAUGCGUUUUCCCGAGGGCUCCUGAAGCCAGGCCUCAAUGUGGUGCUAGAGGGGCCGAAGAAGGCUGUAAACAACGUGAAUGGUCUGAAGCAGUGUUUGGCAGAAUUCAAGAGGGAUCUGGAAUGGAUUGAAAGGCUUGAUGUGACCCUGGGUCCUGUGCCAGAAAUAAGUGGACCUCAGUCGACGACUCAGAACAAGGAUAAGAAAGCUGUUGAUCCAGAAGAUGACUUCCAGCGGGAGAUGAGCUUCUACCGUCAGGCUCAGGCCGCAGUGCUUGCAGUAUUACCCCGCCUCCAUCAGCUCAAAAUCCCUACCAAGAGGCCCACUGAUUAUUUUGCCGAGAUGGCCAAGUCUGAUCAGCAGAUGCAAAAGAUUCGACAGAAGCUACAGGCCAAACAGGCUGCCAUGGAGAAGUCUGAAAAGGCUAAACAGCUGCGAGCACUUAGGAAGUACGGAAAGAAGGUGCAAACAGAAGUUCUCCAGAAGAGGCAGCGGGAGAAAACACAUAUGAUGAACACCAUUAAGAAAUACCAGAAAGGCUUCUCUGAUAAACUGGAUUUCCUUGAGGGAACUCAGAAACCUGGUGCACGGGCCACAAAGGAAGGAGCUAAAGGCCAGCAAAUGAGAAAGGGGCCCAAUGCCAAACGACGCUAUAAAAACCAAAAGUUUGGUUUUGGGGGAAAGAAGAAAGGCUCCAAGUGGAACACUCGUGAGAGCUAUGAUGAUGUAUCCAGCUUCCGGGCCAAGACAGCUCAUGGCAAGGGCCUCAAGAGGCCUGGAAAGAAAGGAUCAAAUAAGAGACCUGGAAAACGAACAAGAGAGAAAAUGAAGAGCAGAACACGCUAAGCAGCAUCUCUGUAUAAAGAACCAAGAGAAAGGAAUGAAGGGUUGGGAUUUCAUAAUGCAAUUGGAUCCAUUCUGUUGAUUUAUUUUUGCAAGAAAUUUUUCAAUAAACUAAGGAAAAAUG